AUGGGAGAGAAAAGAAAAAGGGAAAUAGAAAAAAGAGGAAGAAUAAGAGAGGAAAAGAGAAAGAAGGGAAAGGAAAAGAGAAGAAAGGGGAAGGUAAUCAGAGAAAUUAUAAGGGAAAGGAAAGAGAAGGGAGAGGAGAAACGGAUGAUUAACCUGCCAUCUCUUUCUUUGCCAAACUUUCGAAGUGGUAGGAGAUUAAUCAAGUAA